AUGUCAAAUCAAUCUUGUGCUACAAUUAAAAAUAAAUCCUGGCCUUAUCAGCAAUAUUACGUGGGCGAAAGAGACAGCGAAGGAAGAAGGAAUGGUGGCGGCGAGAACCACUGGACUGGAGCAAAGUCGUUAGAGUGGUAUUGCGGACGAUUAUUGCGCGACACCAUGCAUGGUAUUGGCGAAUAUUACUGGCGAUAUAUUGAUCCCGAAGGUGCUUUUGUAUCUUACGAGGGACACUUCUACUGCAACCAAAUGCAUGGCUAUGGAACUAAGUCAUACCCCGACGGCAGAGUUUUUGAAGGCUUGUUUCACUCUAACUUGCGAUGGGGACCAGGAGUAGAGUGCCAUAUAAGCGUUCGCGAAAAUGUAGGUCUCUGGCUCGGCAAUCAAUUAAUAAGACUAUGUUGGAGACCAUCAACUACUAGUUUAUUUCUGGACUUUAUGGGCACCAGUACUGGACGAGCAUGUGUUACGGCAGCAAGAAAUUUAAUGACUUCUUAUUCCGAGCCUAUCAACAAAAAUACCGUAAUUGAGCUAUUGGUUGAAUACGGCUUAGAUCAGCAAGCGGCAGAAGAGAAAUGGAUGAAACUUCAAGCAAAGCACUGUUCGGAUAUCUCAAGUCCCGUAUUUCCCCUACAAUUAUUUGAGGAUAACUAUUACGGAUCUGGGAAUAAAAAUAUUUUACAAGAAAGUAAAAAGAUUUCAGAAAGUACUGUGGACUUUCAAGAAAAACAAUAUUUUGCUUGGAAUAACAACGAAAUAAUAAAGCACAUGAUGAAACAUUCUUUUACGCAUGAUACACAAACAGCUAGAACUAGGUUAAAUAUAUCUAAAAUUUUAUCUGGCCCAAGACACAAUUUUAAGCCGCCAGUGAAGCAUGAACUGGAUUGCAGAACUCUACUAAUGGCAAGUUAUUUGGGCGAGACCAACGUAGUCGUUCAACUCGUGAAUGAGGAAGGCAUUCAUGCAGAUGUAACUGAUAUGCAAGGCAACAGCGUUCUUGUGUAUGCUGUGUGCGGUGAACAGAGAGAGAUAAUACACUUUCUAGUGGAGGCUGGCGCAGGUAUAGACAAUUAUAAUGAUUCAUGCUGCACUGCUCUCAGCGUUGCUUUGAUUCGCUUUAACUGCGCCCGUAAAAACAUUUCAGCCAACGAUAUGACACAAGCUUUGAUACCCGAAACAAAUUUGCCACGAGAUCCAUCAUUAGAAACGGUGUCCGAAUGGAAUUUGGUGAGAGAUGUAUCUUCUUUGAAAAACGCCCUAACAAAAAACUCAAGCAAAAUUAUGAAGUCCUUAACGUCUCUCAAAGAAAUUCCACCACCUAAAAAGAGUCCUGACAUUUCUGUAAAACUGGAACAAGAUUCCAUAAGCGAAAACGAGAACAUAAACAAAAGCAUUGAAUUGUUCACUGAAAUCAAUAACAAGUAUGCAUCAAAGACAGCUGAACUUUAUUCAGCAAUAAGUACUGGAAAUCCUAUUCCAUACAUUUUUGAAGUUCAUAACAUAACUAAUGAGUUUGAAGGCAUUGUUGAAGAGCCAAAGAAAACUUCAGUCAAAAACCCUAAGAGAGUUAUUUCGACAGCCCUAAAAGAAAGUGUUAAGCCAACGAACGGAAACAUGCGUCAUAGCAACGAUUAUACAAAAUCAAAAAAUUUCUUCAACAGGUUAAUACUGGUAUCUAUGAUAAUUUACACUAUAUAUACAUUACCUACUACUGAUAAUGUACACUAUAUAUACAUUACCUACAAUUAA